AUGGCAACUAACCCAUAUCCGAUUCACACAAUUUCUCUCACCGGUGAAAAGAGUGACGUUUUGGGUACGGCCUUUGUUGCCUGUGCAUUCAGCAGCCUCCACAACAAUCCAAAGACAAGCUUCACACAAGGAAUGAAUGUUCCCAAGUAUGGUAGUCCUAUAUCCAAGUAA